AUGAAGAAGCGAGCCGAGGAUACCGCACUGACGCCGACAGUAAGCAACGCGGAUGCCGUUGUAGGCGGUCAAGCGACAAUCAACGUCACUGCUGCUCAUUCCCCACCUCUUCCUGCCGUAUCUGUAGCCAUGCUGAGUAAGACGGAGCAGAGCCGAGUCGAUUAUCGCGGCGGCAAGGGCGAGUUGCUGAGCUUAGGCGAGAUGUAUCUAAAUGAACUGUCGGACAUCUUUGUGUUUGAAGUGACCAAUCAAAAGACGCACAACUUGAAGCUCCAGCUGCGUGUGGAGCUGCGUAUGCCGUUCCAGAACAGUCAAUGGGGAUUUCAGCUCGAGAAUGAGAACGUCAGCAUCAUGCAGCGGGAGCUGCAGCAGGAAAAAGACCGUGCCGUGGCUAAGGAUGAGUUUAAUCACGUACCAUUUUCAGUACUGCGGUCAUGUUCAAAAGCUGCGCUCUGUGCCGAGAACGUGUAUUUGUGUGAAGGCUACAACGAGCUCUUUAACCAUAUUGGGACGGUCAACGAGAUCGAGUUGGCGCCAAGAGAGAGCAAACGGAUUGUGCUCUCGAUGUAUACCAAGCUGACUUCGCAGCAUAAUGCAACGGGAAAUGCAGUUUAUGCGGCGGCUGAGGACUCGUCAGAGGAAGAGCGUGCGCAUCUCAGCGAAACGUCGUGUUUUGUUCUGUCUGGAAGAUUGAUCCUCCAGCCUUCUUAUGUUGACGGCAGUGGUAUCAGCAGGCUGCCGACCCCGGAGAUGUUGGUGCCCUUGCAAGGACACGUGUGUCGCUCGUUGCUACGAUUGGAUGUCAAGGAGCUGCAUUUUGAUGAUUGCGUACCGGGUGGAUCGUUCGUCAAGGAUUUUACUGUGUGGAACCGCUCGGAGAUUCCAUUGUUGUUCAAGUUGGUCUCGCCAAUGACCCCAUGGAGUGAGAAUAAGGAGCUGCUUGUAUGUACGGACUACAAUUCUGGAUAUGUUAUUGGAGACAAAACGUUGCAAGCUGCCGCGUAUGGACAUGUGCGGAUUCGCGUCACAUUUCGUCCGACAGAGAUCGGAGAACUUUUUUUCGAGAUUCAGGCUCAAAAUUUGCACGACUCCAGGAACGUGAAGAUUCUUAGAAUUCAUGCCAUUACAAAUCAAGAACAUCACAGGGAAGGGCUAUCUAUUAAAGAACCAAGCGGUUCAUACCUUAUGAGUGGAAGUCGGUUGGAUUUUGGUGAUUGCUAUACUGGCAUUGCCAGCUCCAAAAUAAUUGUUAUGCGCAACAUGACCGAAGUAGCAUUGCAUGUUGAUCUGACCAGCGAUCGCCCCAAGGAAAUUACUUUUGAGAUGAAGCUGCAGCAAAACCGUUCGCGCGUUCCAAGGGCCCCACGCGUUGACGAACUUCUUUCUCCCACACAUUCAGACGACGGAACGAGUCCGAAAGGAUCAUUAUUGCCUGAUGGAAGCAAGGUGCCACUCUCGUUUCCAAACACAGACGCAUAUGGACCUGACAGCGACGAAGAGGUCGAUGAUAAUGAGGCGGAUUUCUACGAAGAAGAUUUCCAGCAAACGAAGCGGAGCUCAUUCGAGGAAAACCCCAUGGGCGAUACUGAGGAUCUGGACGACGAUUUUGAGUUUGAUCGAGAGCUUCGCGUGCUUCCGCAAAGUACUCUUGAUAGCCAAAAAACGCGUAGUUCAAGAGAGAAUGCUGAUCAACGGAAGAAAGUAUUUCGAACCAGAGGAAAAGAGUCCAAGAAGACCGCAUCUCAAGCAAAAAAUGUUGCUUACGACAGUGGUAUGGACAGCCCACGCUCAUCUCAUGAACGAAACAUUUCCCGAAAUCGUCACCUGGUCUCGGUUGAUGACAAUAACGCCUCAAAUUUUCUAGUUGAAACAAUUGACUUGCCUCCUGGUGUCGAGCGAACCAUCUUAAUAUGGUACUCACCCGUUUCGAGCAGCAAUUUGGAAGGGAUGUAUGGCGAAAACGCAGAUGCAGUGGAUCUCAAAGCUGCCCGUUUGACUAAGCAAACGUUUCGUGUAUCAUUUCGGUGCUUUCUUAUGCAAGGCGCGUGGCAACAAGCUCAAUCCCGUGUAUAUGACCGAACUCUCGGCAAAUCGAUUCAUAUCCGCGCACGUACGUGCACAUCUAUAGUGACAGUGACGCCAUCAAUAUUGCACUUGGGUGAUUGCAACAUUGGAGAACUUAAGAGCAGUUCGUGUAUGCUGACAAACCAUUCCGAGUUGCCAACGGUUGUGAAACCGCUAGUGACGUCCAAAGUGAUCUCGACGGUCCCAAACGAUGACAUGAUGCUAGGUCCGAAGCAGUCAAUUGAGCUCAAAAUUGAGAUUAUUCCGCGGAAGACCAAUCCCAACUAUUCUCGACUUGUAUCUAUCACCAAUAUGAAGAAUAAGAGCAAUGUUUCGCAAAUCUGCGUGCGCUCGAGCAAUAUGGACGCGCAUCAUGUGAUCUACCACUCACUAUUCUACAAACUCUUGACCCAAUCGAGGUCCGCGUUCCUAAACUUUGAACAGGUGACGAUAAAUUCGGUUGGAGUACAAGUGUUUGAUUUGGAAAAUAUUACAAACGCUCCGCUUCACUUAAAUAUUGGCAGCUCAGCUCCAUCCAAGCUUCGGUUGUACUGUAUGAAGCAUCCAUUCGCUGAUGUGGCAAACCCGGCAAUGUCUUUAAAUAACGGCGAGGAACGCGAUGAAGAAAGCAAAGUUUGUGUUUCGCCAGCGGCUUCAAGUUUGCAAAAUAGUGGUAGUGGCACUCCCAGCAACGUUUCAACGCAAAUGAGUCAGCCGCCUGCUGGACGGACUGUUCGUCGACGCAGGUCGUUUUGCAGUGUCUCGGACCUGGCCGAUGGGAAAACGAACCUGAAGAGAGGAAAACCUACAGCACUUCGAGAAUUGUUAACGAAAAAGCUGGCUGAACUCUCAGUAUCUCAAACCAGCAGCCAAUCGUCAGCUUCCUCGAACGGUACGAGCAGUAUUGCUAGAUCGGCUUCUACUCAGCAUUUUGAGAGUGACAAAGGUCGUCAAGAGCGACACAAUAUUAGUGGUUUGCAAAGUCGAGGGUACCUGUCGCAAGGGACAGCUGGUGAGAGAAAGCCUUUGGAAGGAGCAUCUAAUGCAUCAUUACUGACGCCUGCAGACUUGGUUGCAGAUAGAAGAUUUUCAGAAGAGGUGGCAACCCUCCUGCAGCUAUUUGCAAAAUCGCGCGCUGAUUGUGAUGCGUAUUGCCAUAGCUCGCUACCCUCGAAAGAAAAAGAGGAGGAGAUUGUGGCGAUGGUUCAGGAGCGCACCAAACGUCUACAGGCUCUUCUUGCUGAUAAAAGGUUAACAUUGCUGAGUUUCAACAAGGAGAAGAACGUAAGGGUCCCAGCAAAGUCGCGCCUACGGAUUGUAGCUGUAUUGAGCCCUAUGGCUCCUCAAACAACAGCUACUAAGGAUGUUGCAAAGAUUCGAGUUGAAAGACAUAAGAUAAUGAUCGCACUACCACCUGGUGGGAAUAAAAAAGCAGUCACGGAAGGAUCAAAGCUCGAUCAAAACAAACUGGUAUGGGCUGCAUCAAAGCACCCGUUCGAUACACGGUCGUCCGUGAGAGAAUUGCUGCUUAAGAGUCGAGUGUGUCGCUCGGUGAUGAAUGUGAACCAGAAGAACAUUAAUUUCGGUCGUAUUGCGACGUCUUCAAAAAGCUCAAAGAGGUUAGUUGUACAGAACAUGUCUCCUAUACCUCUCGUGUACAGCGUGGAAAAAACAGGCUCAAUUUCAUCAGGAUUUUUACAGAUUAAGGAGGGAAAGGUUGGAGUGGUCAAAGCCUUCGGUGCGAAAGAAAUUUGCUUCCAGUUUCAACCAACACUGGCUGGCCCUUUUGAAGAGAAGUUGAACAUUAUCAACGUUCAAGACGUGGAAAACUCGGUUUCGGUUACAAUAAAAGCGAAAGUUGUCAAGCGGGAAACGUUCAAGCUUUUGCAGUCAGGCCAAACGAUCUUGUUGGGAAAAUGCAUCGUGGGCGAAAAGACCGAAGAGGUGAAGAUUGCUGUCCGUAACACAAGUCGAAAGAAACGGGAGUACGUGAUCCAGGUGGACCCAAGCUUUACAGUCCCAAGCUUGCGGCCUACAUUCUACUUCUCGGUUGACGAGAUACCGGCAACCGUGAUUACGCAAGCGCAAGAAAAAAAGCUGGAUGAGGAGCUAGAGAAAUUGGAACACAAGCUGCGCAUUGCGGUAACGAAGAAGAAGACGGAUAAAAUCGUCAAAUUAAACGCCAAGAUUUCACAAGUCAAGGCUUUAUUGUCGGGCGAACAAAUACUACAUGCGCUAGGGUCACCAACAGAUAGUGACGGAGAAACGACAGGAAGGUCAGGAGGGAGUGGCGAGGUGGGAGGAUUUGAUCCGUACGACAGUGCCAACAGUGAGUCGGAACUUUCGGAGUUUGAAUCAAGCUCACGGUCUUGGCGUCGCAGUUUGAGGCAGCCCGACAAAUCGGUGAUGGAUGUGAAACCCGGACUGUUGUCAUCUACUUCAAGUAACACCAAUACCUUACACUUUUCCCUCGGAGCUGAGGCGACUGGGAGAGUUGUAGCGUAUGCAAUUUUUAAUCCUCUGAAGUGUGGCGACAGCUCGCCAAAAGCUGGAGAGGACGGUGACAAGCAUGGUGUUCACCAAAGUCAAAAAAUGAAAAAGCACCAGCUAUGUCGGGAUGCAACACCGGCUGUAGGCGUGGGAAAGUUUCUUCUCUUUGAGCAACAAAACAAGGACGUGGUCAAGGAACUUCAGUAUAACGCCGAAAUCUUCUUGCGAACACCUGCAGGCAAAAAUGCAUACUGCCGCGCUGUUGGCCGAAAGCCUCCAUCUGUGCUUCCCCCGCAUCCAAAGACCGGAACAGUGCCUUCUAUCGUGGACGAGGGUUUGCUGGAGAGCCGUGCAGGGAAACCGCGUGGCAUUAGUGGUGGUUCUGUUUCACGCUAUGAUGAUGUCUUACCAUCAUUGACUGCACCAGUCGAGACUAAUUCUGCUGCGGUGGAGCGUCGCCGCAAUUUAACGAUUCAAAUACCUGAUUCGGGUAAGGUGACACAAAGACUGAAUGUGGCUAUAACCCCCAAUCAAUUUGGUAAGUUCCCCACUAGCUCAAGCCUGCUAGUUCCUGCGGAAGAAUCACCGUCAGAUAAUCAUGGCUGGUCGAUGAUGGUAUCGCUGGAUUCUCUCUCGAACAAAGAUUCAGCAGUUGUGGAGGUUGCAUGGAAUCCAGUGGGCACUUUUAAGAACGUGUUGGCGUUUACGUGUGAUGUCGUUCCUCCUGAUUUCUUGGUACAGGAUGAUAUGAACACAAGGACUGGCGAGAUUGAGGUUUGUGGUCGAGUGCUGCUUCCUCUGAAGCUGAAUAUCCCUGUGGAUCGCACGGUGAACUUGAAUGUAAAAUGGUGUUUCACUAGUGAUGCGGGAUUUGCAUCGUCAACUCCCUUGGCAUCUUGUGUGAGUCGGUCGGUUUUGGAGAGCGCAUCUGAAGCUGCGGAACUGAAUGCAGGUACGAUCGACUUUUUCUAUCACUCGAGCAACUCGAUUCCGCAGGAGCAUGUUAAGGAUUCGACGCCGCGUACUCCGAUAUCGUCAGUUGACGUGGCGAUUGUUAAAGCUGUACAACGGUCGCUAUGUUUUGAAGUUGAAGCGCUUGACUUAGGAGAGCAUCAGCAAGGGGACGAAAUACGAGGCAAAGUUGUUAUCCACAACAGGUCACACCAAGUUCUACAGUACCUUUUGUUGGCCGGGUCUCGUGAUCAAACUGGUGGGAGCAUAUUAUCAUCCGUCUCUCCGUUGCUUGUUGGAGGCGAUAUGACGUUCGAGAAUGCAACGGGAACUGUGCAAGCAGGGUCGUUCGUGACAGCAGCAUUUGUAUACAAGGGUAGUGUGCCGGGACACCACAAUGAGCAAAUUGUAUUGCGGAAUCUCAGUGGUGAUCGUCUGGACACGUCAGUAUUGACAUUGUCGGUACGUAUUGUUCGACCGGUGUAUGUUCGAAUUCCUGAAUUGGACCCCCAAGUGACAGGGCAGCUGGAAAUUCUUGACUUGGGCCCGUGCUAUGUUACACCUGAAAUGCAAGACAUAGCUGUAGACAGUCCAAAUGUGUCUCUUCGAUUCAGCAAAGUUCACAAACUUACGUUGCAUAGUCAAGUUGAGGACAGGCUGGUUAUAUGUGCUUCAUCGAAUUUAAAGACUCAGUGCUACGUGUAUGAAGACGCGCGCCUGCAGCGUGAGGCAAUUCACGUUGUAAUGAAUGGAAUGCAGUCUAUUGAUCUAUACGUGGCGAUUCGCCCACGACUGUCUUUAGACGCUAUUAAAACAGGAUCCACUCGAGAUUUGGUGGGUGGCAUUCGCGUCCAGCUUUUUGGACUGUUGGCAAAAGGUGAUACACCAGAAGGCGAAAAGAGUGAGAUGCUGGCCGAGUUUACUGUCAAGUUUAUUGGUGUGGCUGGUGCGAGUAUUGCACAUGUUACGCCGUCAUUGGUCGACUUUGGCGUUGAAUAUAACAGUGGUCAAAUGCAAACGUGUCAAACACACGAGGGUCAGUUUGAACUGAUCAACAUGAGUAAGGCACUUCCCUUGGGAUAUCGCCUAUUUGUGACGAGUGCGACAGACGGCUACUCGGAUGAUGAUGAUUCUCUGCAUGUAUCAUUGAAACACGAAAAGGGGGAAAUUCCAGCGGGCGAAACAGGAAUAAUCGAGUUUCGGGUGAUGGCAUACUCAAACGGACUAUAUCGUCGUCGUAUAAUGGUGGAAAAUACUUACUAUCCUGGAAAAGUCAGUUUUGUCGACGUCUUACUUUUCGUGGAUAGUGGCGCACUGAGUUGCGAAAUCGCAGGGUCAGACACAAAUGACUAUCAACGCCUUGAGGAGAAUAUUCGUGCACCUUGUAAUGUGAUGAACGAGUCGGCAACAAUCCAUACUAUAGACUUGGGCCUUAUUAACGUGAUCAGACUAGAGGACGAAUUGUCGGACACCAUGUCUGUUUCUGGAGAAAAUGAACCUGCCAGCCGCAAAUACCGGAUUAAUGGUGAACACAGCAAUGGGUUAUUUAUCGAAGCACAGCCUACUGCGUUUAGUAUGUCGCGUUUACCUGGUGAGAAAACCCUUGUGUUAACGAACGCAACAGACCGGAGCAUGGUGGUGCGCCCCGUAAGUACUCUUCCGCUGACAUUUCAAUGGAAAGGCAAAGAAGACGUACCCAAUAGCUCGGACGUAGAGCAAAGUCCGUUAUUGGCUCGAUUCGCCUCGACACAGGAUGCGCGAAGGCUAUGCAUGCCGCCGAUGGGGGGCGUUGCGCCACGAAAUGGACCAGCAAGCGUAUGCUGCGGUGAGCCGUUUACUUUAGAGGCAAAGAGCACUUACUCGCUUUCGUUUCGCUUUGCAUCGAUCGCUGCAACUGCACCAUUGCCUGUGGAUACUAUCGAGGGCGGAAAGCUGUACCCACUUCGAGGUAUGAUUGGAAUCCAAAGUUUUGAAAGCAAUGAGAGCGAGGAUGUGGGAGAUGCGUGCACUUUGAAGGUAGUAAAUAUCUAUGGUUCUUAUGGCGAACCGCGCUUUCACAUUGCUGAAAAACGCAUUGCAUUGGGAAAAAUUGGCUACACCCUUGGGUGGAAAUCAUCAACAUUCGAAGUCUCAGUGAAAAAUGUAUCCGACGUGGCGGUAUCAUUUGUGAUUGCCAACUUGCCAGAUUUCAUUCAUUUGCGCAACGCCCGCAACGCGAGUCGCAUCCAAUUUUACGAUAAGGGUGAUCAAAAUUCAGUGGAUCAGGUCCCAUCACUUCAAAUGCUUGCACUGCAAGCCGAAAAGCAGCUAGACAAUGCAAGCACUUCACGCUGGAGUGCGUGGAAACUACAACCUAGGGCCACGUGCGUACUCGACAUGGAACAAGUGCGAACGAAGAAGUUUCUUGCUCCAGGCUUCCAUGAAUUUCCGCUCCACUUUUUUAAUUUAUACAAUCCCCGCAACCACGAAGACGUGUUGGUUCAGGCGCACAUUAUUUCCAGUUACGCGAAACUGGUAGUAGACCCGGAGAGCUCCGACUAUGAGGCGGAGCCGGCCGAGUCAAAUGAGCGUCAUGUCGCUUUCCUUCCACCAGUCACGGUGCCUACACCACAUGAAGCUCCUCACCGUGCCAACUUCUGGUUUUCGCUACGAAAUGUGUACGACGAAGAAUUGAGUGUAAAGCUUUCUUCUCAAACACACAGUCCGUUUGACCGAACAAUCGAGCUACUUUUAAUGCUUCGUUCAGCAAAUACGCCAUUGACCUCGAUUUUAAUUGCGCCCGGAGAAUCAGUGGAUAUUCGCGUUGUGUGUCAUGUUCUUUCGUCUGCUCGUCUAUCGGCUGAUAUGUGGUCUGCUGGAGGCAACAACAGCCCUACGUCCGAAACUCUGGAUCUGGGACGCGUUUGGCUCGAUAUCAGCAUUCACGAUAUGGAGGACACUGCCCAGCGUAAAGAGGUUCACGUAAAGGGGAAGCUGUUGCCGGGCAAAACUUUCCUGUUGUCUGCAUCUAAUCUUCACUUUUUUGCCACAGCGACAGAUUUACCGGCAAAUAUUCCUGUUGGUCAACUGCCACCGUCUUUGAAAAAAUCAACACCUGGAGCCAGCAGAGAUUCUUCUCAGAUCACAUCGCCUCGAAAGUCGCAGCAGACCACAACUUGUGUUGUCCACCAACUGCUAAACUUAUUUGAAAGCUUUUGGGUGCGCAAUCCGUCAACGUCGGAAGUGUUAAACUUCGUUAUCGACCCCAUCGCUAUGUAUCAGCCCGGGCUUUGCCUCGUCGAGGGUUCGGCGGAGGCAGAAAUGUGUGCCAUUAGUGAAUGGGUUCAAGCGAUAGCAGUACCUUCUUCAGGAACUAUUGCGCCAAGUGAAUCUGUGAAAAUCACUGUUCAUCUCGAAGAAGCGGCUCCUAGAAACAUAGAUUCGUUUCGCGAUGGAAAUGAUAUCAGUGUAUCGGGAAAAAUGACACCUCUGCACAAGAUGCGCCAUAACCCAAGCUGGCGGAGCAAUUCAUGGGAUGCAGACAGCCUAGAAUCGUUGCCGGAUGAGAACGGACAGAAUCACAUGUUCUUGACUGUGCGUGAUGCCGACUCGAACCUAGGUACUGAAGUAUCGACAGAGAUUAAUGUGCUAUUGGUACUGCAACAGCAGAGCUCCUCGGGAGACAAUGGCAAACAAGGUGGUGUUAUUCUAGACAAAGCUCUAAUCACUGCAGCAUUCGAUGCUCGUAAUAAUCGGCUCGCGCAAUCCCGAAAACUAUGCUCCGGGCCUGCUUUGGAGACUCAUCUGGAGAACAAGCUAUUUGAUCAAUCGGAGUCGUCUGGUUUAGAUAAUUUUGAGGAGUUCGAUAUCUCCUUGAUUCGUUCCGGGUCAGUGGGGCGAACUAAUCACUUACCUGUAUUGGCUAUUCGUGGCUGUACGCCAGCAGAGUAUUCAUCGCUAGAGAGUACGCGAUAUUUGAUUGAUGUGGGCCAGCACACGGUUCGAAAUGGUGGAGAAGUAGAGUGGGAGAUAACGAUUGAGAGCCUUUACAGCAGCGUUGCAGAUCCUGGUCUUGAUUCUAUCGAGUAUCGUCUCCUGCUCGUUGAUAAGAAUGCGCGAUCAUGGUUGCAGCUCAGUCAUGAACGUGGUACACUAGACAGAGCACAUAGCUACCAGAGCGUGGUGCUUUAUUUCCUUCGAGGUGUUGUGGGAGUGUAUAUGACCUUCCUGGUGCUUCAGAAUUUGGCAAACCCAUCCGAUCUGAAGGUGAUUCACGUGAGACUGGAAGUGAUUGCAGAUCUACAUUCUCUGCGUGGAAUGUCGUCUGAAUUAGAUCCUAUGACAAAUUUAUUCCGUGUGCUUGUGUCAAAUCAUGGCAACCCUAAACGGCCUCGUGGAUCCAGUAUUGAGAUGCCCCCAGAAAGCACUCCGAGCGGUGCUCAACGAUUGACGAUUGACUUCAGUGAAGUGUAUUACUACAAGCUUUACCAGAAUCACUCGAUAGUGAUAGAAAACUCGUCUGGCCUAAGCCUUGACUUCAUCCUGUCAACUAAUGCUAGACCACAGGAGGUGAGCUUUUCUGUCACGCCAAUGUCAUUCAACGAGGUGACUACGGUCACCCUCGGAGCUCAUGCACGCAUGCAAGUAUUUCUGCAUUUCCGACCCCAACCCAAACAAAUUUCUCUGCUUGGAGCUAGCGAUGCGGUCGACAGUGAAGUGAACGAUCCCUGGGUGCGUGAAAUUGAGGUCUAUGUAAGCUGCCGACUGGUGAAGGAUUUCAGGGAGACGGUCGUCUUGCGCGCCAUUUGCAGCCAACCUCAGUUGAUGGUGAAGGUAGUGAAUGGUGAAACCAACGAGUCUCCUUCACAAAGAGAAACAUACUUUUCGGCCCAGCCGACAUUCCUUGGCUUGGUCUUUCCGAUGCUGGAAUCAACCCUUUCAAUUCCGGGUCUGUCCGCAAAAGCUGCUGAUGAAACCCAGAAGUUUCUAAUUGUGCGCAAUACCAGGAGUGACACGAAUGCUCGACUGGCGCUGCGCAACGACAGUAUGUUUUUCAGUAUAGCGAUUGAUGAAAGCUUGACUCAAUCUAGUGCCGUCACGGUAGACUUACUGAAUCACGGCGUCUGUUCUGGACGAAGGCCAACGCUAUUGGUGACCGUACAACCUCAAAGUGUUGCAGUAUUUCGGGUAAAACUUGAUGUUACAGCUUUAUGGAAGCACCAUCAACUUUGGGACCAUAGCGUGAAAGAGCACAUCACGCUGUACAAUAUCAGACAGUUCGCGGAGCAUUACCAAGUUACUCUUUGUUUCACAUGCAGUAACGUUGCGAGUUUCUACGUCCCGCCGAAUAUCACCGAGAGCUACCCCAUCUCGGCACUUGAAGACAUCGUUGCAAAGUUUUUGCAGAAUUAUGAGUGCACUUGGAAGUGGCUGAUUUCGUAUCACGAAAAAUUAUUGACAUCGCAAGUUUCACCGAAGCACUCGCCCAGUCAACUACCCCCAUCACCAGCGCCAAAGCUGGCAGAGAUUCUAAAUGACCUUGAAAGCGUGUUAGAUCUGGCGUCGCCAUUGAGCCCUCGCAAUCUCACGCAUGCGGCAAUGCAGACUUUUGAGGAAGCGAAGAGUGUUCAAGCAGCACCCAGUCGAGACGAUCUCUACCAGUUAGUACAGUCGUAUCGAGCACUGUACUUCGACUUCUAUUACAUUACGGACGAGCUGGUAUGGCAUGGCGUACGUGGGAAUGCUGUGCGACACAGCCUAGCGCUUGCCGACCUUGCCUAUGGUGUCGUGUUCAACCAUGAGGUCUUCCAGUCAUUUGUUGCCGACGCACAAAGCGGCAGCGACCCUGCGGACGUCAUAUCGCUCCCUCGCCUGCUGCUUCCGUGGAUCCGGCAGCUAGGACAUUUCCUCAGCUACUUCCCGGAGAACCAAGAAGCCACUCAGCCGCUCCGGCAAGUGUAUGAUCGUCUACGGAAAUUCGAGGCUUGCUAG